AUACCAAUCUGAGACAUGAUUUAAACACAAUUGGAAAACAGCGGACAUACAAUGGGUAUCCAAUCUGCUGAAGACCCCCCUCUAUUUUCUUUCAAGAUUAUAGAUUUUAGCGCAUUCAAUUAACCAACAAUGACAACCUGCCGACUCAGUGGUUUAUAAUAAAAGAGUGUCAGCACAAAGUCAUGAUAUUUACUCUGCUGCUGUAUAUAUACAGCUCGGGCUGGCAGCGUCCAUCAGCUCCCUGGAAUCACACAGACACAUCUGAAGGAGAGAGGUUAAGAGCCGACAACAUGAACAAACUGCUCAUCAUUACCGUCCUGGUUACACUCAUUGCACUCAGUGCUGAGAGCUUCCGUUUGCCAAGGCAGGCAUUGGAGGAAAAGACAGACAUCCUGACGAAGGUCAUAGACAGGAUCAAGUCCUGUUAUGAAGACAUACCGGGCGGCAACCUACGACUGAAAGCCGGGGCCCUUGUCGACGAUGCCAUGUUCGUUUGGGGCAUGUAUAUGUCCAUGAUUCAGGAGCAUAUUUACAAUCUCCUGUACCCACGGCAGUAACAGCCCUGCUGUCUGCUAACUCCAAAAUCAUCCUCUUCAACAACCACAUCUCAUGCUGAGGAACACAGACCAGUGUCUGCUCCAUUAGGGCCUUCUAACCUAACAAGAAAUUAUUCUAAAAACAUACACAAUAAUAAUCAGCUAUUAAACUCGGGUUUGUGAGAAUCUAUAUUUCUAAGUUGAUCAUUUUGCAAAUAACAUUUUCAUAAAAUGGAUGUCAAUACCUGCAGUACAAUACACACAGAUGCAAGUAUGUUUUUUGGAGUUCAUUGAUGCAGGGCUCUGCGUUUAUCUCUGUAUCAAUUAAUAUUAGCAGCCUGCACUGCAUUUGAUUUGUCAAGAUGUAAAUUCCUAUUUUUGAAGUAGACCUAUGCUCAUAGAUCUAAAUGUUCCCAUUGAAAUAUUUGUGUUAGCCUAGAGAUGUACUGAAUGCAUAACACUGGAAUAUGAGAGAGUUCGGACAGAUAGCGACGAAAUGAGAUGUUUGAGCCCUGAAAUUCUAACAUCAUCAUGUAGACAUAGGAGAGACACAGCGAAAACAAUAAAUACAAGAAGCAUGGC